GUUCACAUCACAGGAAUGGGUGGAAUUUUACAGACUGCAGACUUUCUGGAUUGUUUGGACUAAAAUUUCCCGAUGAGAUGCACGGUGAGCCAUGGAAUUAUCAAUGUUAUGGAUAUGGUUUGGGUUACUUAUUCAUGUCCCACAGUUUGGAUGCUUAGAUAUACACCUAUCGGAAACCCAUCAACCUGGUGCGACACUAGCAAAUGUAUCCAUCGGGCCAGAAUGGAUGUACGCAAUCGACAGAAAUCACACGCCUAAGUUUUUCCGACACUUUCUGAAGAUCGAGAAAAGUGAUGGGGUACUCUCACUCGCGCGCAAAGUGGACUGCACGCGCCUACCGAGAAAUCCCGUGCCACUGUGUUUGAGGAUUAAAUCACUGCUUUCGGAAAACUUCAUACUGCUUCAUUUCAAUACAUUCGUGCAUGGUCAAAACUGCUUUAUCAAAUACAAGAGAAAACAUCUAAAUCCAGAUGUUUCAAUGCAUCUACUGUCAGGAUAUGAUGCAUGCAUUUCUUUGGACACCUUACCAAUAAACGUUUACGAACGUUUACCCGUUUUUACGCAGAAUUCCCAAAUGUUUCGUGGUAGGUGUGUGAAGAUAAACAAGCUCCAAGGGGAUUCACACCUCUGUCUGCCUCAUAAAGCUCAGAAUGAGGCGAAUUUACUUUGUUUAAUGCCUAACUCACAGAAUAGUUCGUUGUUUGUGGACGUCACGUUACAUUUAAGCAACAAACAUAGUCAUAGUAAAGCGUGGUCUUUGGACCCGUGGGUUAAACGUCAAAAAAGAAACGUGAACUCGGCUCCUCAGUUUCAGCUGCCAAAUUACCAGGUAUCAGUGCCCGAGAACGAGCCCUCGGGGACGCGCGUGAUAACCCUGAAUGCCUUUGACGCCGACGAUGGCAACGCUGGUGUCAUCGAAUACGACAUGGAAGCUCUUUUUGACAGCAGAUCUAACAAUUUAUUUCAAAUCAACCCCGAGACGGGCGGUAUUACCACACUUCAGCCAUUAGACAGGGAGCUUAAAGACACUCACGUGUUUAAAGUAACCGCUACUGAUCGCGGAAAGCCGAGGAGAUCGGCGGUUGCGUAUCUCACGAUUACGGUUAGCGAUACGAAUGACCACGGGCCAGUUUUUGAACAGACCGAGUACAGGGUUAGUAUUCGGGAAAAUGUGGAAAUAGGCUUCGAAGUGAUGACUAUUAGGGCUACAGAUGGAGACGCGCCUUCAAAUGCCAAUAUGAUUUAUAAGAUUGUCAAUGAUGAUGAGGUGAAUACUUGUUUUGAAAUUGAUCCAAGGAAUGGCAUGGUGAAAACCAGAGUAAGACCUGACAGAGAGCUCAAAUCCCAGUACAAGCUUAUAGUUGAAGCCAAUGACCAGGGCAAGGUUCCUGGUCCACGUACUGCCACAGCCACUGUGCACAUAUUUGUUGAGGACGAGAAUGAUAACUACCCUCAGUUUAGUUUGAAGAGAUAUGUAGUUCAGGUUCCUGAGAAUGUAGCCGUAAACUCACAAGUAGCCCUGGUGAAGGCCACAGACAAAGAUGCUGGAAACAACGCUAAAGUGCAUUACAGCAUUAUUAGUGGGAAUGUAAAGGGCCAGUUUUACAUACACUCCCCUACCGGAGUCAUUGAUGUUAUCCGCCCUCUCGAUUAUGAGAUGAUAAGGGAGUACACAUUACGAGUGAAGGCACAGGAUGGGGGGCGGCCGCCUCUUAUCAACAGUACAGGUAUGGUUGCUAUUCAAGUGGUGGAUGUUAAUGAUAACGCCCCCAUGUUUGUCAGCACACCCUUUCAGGCAUCAGUGUUGGAAAAUGUUCCCACUGGCUACUCUGUGAUACACAUUCAAGCUAUUGAUGCGGAUUCAGGCGACAAUGCUCAUUUGGAAUACAAGCUGACCGACACUUUACCAGGCUUUCCGUUCGUUAUCAAUAACAACACUGGAUGGAUUACUGUUUGUGCUGAGCUGGACAGAGAAACGACUGAGUUUUAUAGUUUUGGUGUGGAGGCAAGGGACCAAGGCGUUCCUACAAUGUCAUCCUCAGCUAGUGUAACGGUCACUAUACUGGAUGUAAACGACAAUGUCCCCACCUUCACACAACACCUGUAUAACCUAAAGGUCAGUGAGGAUGUGGUGGUGGGCACCAGUGUGCUUACCAUCACGGCCAUAGAUAUGGAUGUAAACAGCGUGGUAACGUACCAGAUAUCAAGCGGGAACACAAGGAACAGGUUUGCCAUCACCAGCCAGAGCGGAGGAGGCCUUAUUACUUUAGCACUCCCUCUGGACUACAAGCAAGAGCGGCAAUAUGUCCUAACUAUCACAGCUUCGGAUGGUACACGCCAUGACACGGCCCAGGUCUUUGUUAAUGUUACUGAUGCCAACACCCAUCGUCCUGUGUUUCAAAGUGCAAACUAUCAAGUUUUAGUGAGUGAGGAUCGGCCUGUUGGCUCCACCGUCGUGAUCAUCAGUGCCACCGAUGAGGACACUGGUGAGAAUGCCCGCAUCACAUAUGUAAUGGAAGACAAUGUGCCACAGUUCAAGAUUGAUCCUGACACUGGAGCCAUUACAACUCAGAUUGAAAUUGAUUAUGAAGAUCAGGCCUCUUACACGCUAGCCAUCAUUGCGCGUGAUAAUGGCAUUCCCCAGAAAUCAGACACCACCUAUGUGGAGAUCAUAGUUCUUGAUGCCAACGACAACGCACCCCAGUUCCUUAGGGACAUCUACAAGGGCACUGUGUUUGAAGAUGCACCAGUAUACACCAGUGUCCUCCAGGUAUCUGCUUCGGACAGAGACUCAGGAUCUAACGGUAGACUGAGUUACACCUUCCAGGGUGGGGAUGAUGGCGAGGGAGAUUUUUUUAUUGAGCCGUAUUCUGGGAUCAUCAGAACGGCCCGCAAGCUAGACAGGGAAAAUGUUGCAGUCUAUACCCUCAAGGCUUUUGCGGUGGACAAAGGAAUCCCCCCUUUGAAAGCAGCCAUGGACAUCCAUGUAUCUGUGCUGGACAUAAACGACAAUGCACCUGUGUUUGAGAAGGACGAACUGUAUAUCUACAUAGAGGAAAACAGUGCUGUGGGAUCCACUCUCGCUCGGGUCAGUGCCACAGAUCCAGAUGAUGGCACAAACGCCCAGAUCCUCUACCAGAUUGUUGAGGGCAAUAUUCCUGAGGUCUUCCAGCUUGACAUUUUCAGCGGAGAUCUGAUUGCCCUUACCGACCUUGACUAUGAGACCAAGAUGGAGUAUGUAAUUGUGGUCCAGGCCACAUCCGCCCCACUCGUCAGCCGGGCCACUGUACACGUCCUCUUAGUGGAUGUCAAUGACAACGACCCAGUUCUGCAUGAUUUUGAGAUCAUUUUUAACAACUACAUCACAAAUAAGUCCAGCAGCUUUCCCACGGGAGUUAUUGGGAAGGUUCCUGCUCGUGAUCCAGAUGUGUCCGAUAAGCUACUCUACACGUUUGUCGAGGGAAAUGAGCUAAGUCUGCUUAUUCUCAACCAAAACACAGGGGAGCUUAAGCUGAGCAAAGACCUGGAUAAAAACAGACCUCUUGAGGCCACAAUGAGGUUGACAGUUUCAGAUGGUCUCCACCAGGUCUCUGCCCUCUGUUCCCUCCGGGUGACCAUCAUCACGGACGACAUGCUCACAAACAGCAUCACCGUACGUCUGGAGAACAUGUCUCAGGAGCGUUUCCUCUCCCCUCUGCUCUCGCUUUUUACUGAAGGCGUAGCCGCGGUUCUCUCCACCAGCCCUGAUGGCGUCUUCGUCGUCAACAUCCAAAAUGACACGGACGUUACUGGUAGCAUUCUCAACGUCACUUUCUCAGCCCUGCUUCCAGGUGGAACUCCAGGACGGUAUUUCCCAUCAGAGGAGCUGCAAGAACAACUGUACCUGAAUCGCACUUUGUUAACGUUAAUCUCAACUCAACGCGUUCUGCCAUUUGAUGAUAACAUUUGUCUGCGCGAGCCCUGUGAAAACUAUAUGAAGUGUGUAGCUGUUCUGAAGUUUGACAGCACGGCACCCUUCGUGGCAUCCAAUACGGUUCUUUUUAGGCCCAUACAUCCCGUGAACGGGCUACGGUGUCGAUGUCCUGGCGGUUUUACCGGCGACUACUGUGAGACAGAGGUGGACCUUUGUUACUCAGGGCCAUGUCAGAACAACGGGAAGUGCCGCAGCCGAGAGGGGGGAUACACCUGCGAGUGCCCACAAGAUUUUACUGGCGAGCACUGUGAGGUGAACUCGCGCUCAGGUCGCUGUGUUCCCGGUGUGUGUAAGAAUGGAGGUAGGUGUGUGGAUCUGCUGGUGGGAGGGUUCCUGUGCCAGUGUCCUGAUGGAGAGUAUGAGAAGCCGUACUGUGAGAUGACCACACGCAGCUUUCCUGGCCAGUCCUUCAUCACCUUCAGAGGCCUGAGGCAGAGAUUCCACUUCACCCUCUCCUUCAUGUUGGCUACUAGGGAGAAAAAUGCUUUGCUGCUGUAUAACGGGAGGUUUAAUGAAAGACACGAUUUCAUUGCUAUUGAAAUUGUGGAAGAACAAAUACAGCUGACAUUCUCUGCUGGAGAGUCUAAAACCACAGUGGCUCCAUUUGUAGCUGGUGGGGUUAGUGACGGACAAUGGCACACAGUCCAUCUACAUUACUACAACAAGCCCAAUAUUGGUCAUCUUGGCAUCCCUCAUGGCCCCUCUGAGGAAAAGGUUGCUGUUGUUGCUGUCAACAACUGUGAUGUGGCCAUGGCUCUACGUUUCGGGCGACAGAUUGGGAACUACACCUGUGCAGCCCGCGGUACCCAAACAGGCCAAAAGAAGAGUACACUAGAAGAAAGAUGGCUUCAAAAGUUACUAUCAGACAGGUCACUGGAUCUCACUGGACCUCUGCUCCUGGGUGGGGUUCCAAAUUUGCCUGUGGAUUUCCCUGUUCUGAACCGAGACUUUGUGGGUUGCAUUAGGAACCUGACCAUCGACAGCAAACCCAUAGACAUGGCUGACUUCAUCGCAAACAACGGCACCUUAGCAGGUUGUGCAGCAAAACAUGACUUUUGUAGCAAGGUUGUUUGUCAGAAUGGAGGAGUUUGCGUGAAUAAAUGGAACACCCACUUCUGUAACUGCCCAUUAGGCUACGGAGGAAAGAAUUGUGAACAUGUAAUGCCCGCACCCCUGCAUUUCGAUGGCCACGCCCUCGUGUCAUGGAGCGAGACUGACAUCACCAUUGCCAUCCCCUGGUACAUGGGUCUUAUGUUUCGCACACGAAAGAGUACUGGCAUUCUGUUACAAGCCAGCGCUGGGGAGUUCUCUAAGAUUAGUCUGAUGGCGAACAACAGACAUUUAAGGUUCCAGGUGUUUCUGGGUGUGAGACGGGUGGCGCUCCUGGAUUUCCCUCAAGUCAGUGUCGAUGACGGCGAGUGGCAUCAUGUGCUCGUCGAGCUCAAGAGUGGAAAAGAUGGCAAAGACAUCAAAUACAUGGCUCUUGUGUCUUUGGACUAUGGCAUGUUUCAGAGGACAGUGGAGAUCGGCAAUGAAUUGCCUGGACUUAAACUGAAGAACCUGUUUAUCGGUGGAGUGCUUAAAAAAGAUGGCACAGUCCAGGGUGGAUUUACUGGUUGCAUGCAGGGUGUGCGAAUGGGCGAGACCUCCACCAAUACUGCCAAUAUUAACAUGCAGCAGGCAGUGAAAAUUCGUGCUAAAGAUGGAUGUAAUAACCCUGAUACAUGUCAGUCCAAUCUGUGCCCAACACACAGUCGCUGCAGGGAUAACUGGGCCUCUCAUACAUGUGUCUGUGUACCCGGUUACUUUGGGAGAGAUUGUGUGGAUGCAUGUCUCUUAAAUCCUUGUGAACACACUUCCACCUGUGUGCGCAAACCUGGCACCAUGCACGGUUACAGCUGUGAUUGUGGACACAAUUACUAUGGCCAGUACUGUGAGCACAAAGGGGACCAGCCUUGUGCUCGUGGCUGGUGGGGAUACCCAACCUGUGGGCCCUGUAACUGUGAUGUCAGCAAAGGCUUCAAAAGGGACUGUAAUAAAACCACAGGAGAGUGUAGCUGCAAGGAAAAUUACUACCGGCCUCCUGGUGGGGACACUUGCUACCCGUGCGAUUGUUUUCACCUUGGGGCACAUUCCAGAACAUGUGACCUUGUGACUGGUCAGUGCGCCUGUAAAAUGGGCGUGGUAGGUCGCCAGUGCAACCGCUGUGACAACCCCUUCGCAGAAGUGACGGUCGGGGGAUGUGUGGUGGUUUAUGAUGGCUGUCCCAAAGCCUUUGAAGAUGGUAUCUGGUGGCCCAGGACUAUGUUUGAUAGCCCCUUAGCCACUAACUGCCCCAAAGGAUCCAGUGGCACAGCUUUCCGUCAUUGCAGCAAUGAUAAAGGCUGGCUUCCACCAGAGCUCUUCAACUGCACUUCCCUCAGCUUCUCUAAGCUGAAGAAAGAGAGUGAGGAUCUUCACGCUAAUGCUUCUCAAAUGGAUAGAGAAAGAUCAAAAAGCCUGGCAGGCCUGCUGCACUCUGCCAUGGGCCACACUGAUCGCCUCUUUGGGAAUGACAUUAAGACCGCCUAUCAUCUGCUGACCAGUGUCCUAGAACAUGAGAGUCUGCAGCAGGGCUUUGAGCUCACUGCCACACACGAUUCAGACUUUAACGAGAACAUCAUUAAAGCUGGAAGUGCAAUCCUUGACCCAGUCAACAAGGAGAACUGGGAGAAGAUACAGCACUCUGAAGGUGGCACAGCCCACCUGCUGCGCCAUUUCGAGGAGUAUGCCAACACACUGGUACAGAACAUGAGGAAGACCUACCUGAGACCCUUCACCAUCGUCACUGACAACAUGAUUGUUGCUGUAGAUUAUCUGGACUCUACCUUAGACCAGGCCAAGAUCCCUCGAUUUCAAGAGAACAGGAAGGUGUACUCAGAAGAGCUGGAGUCAUCUGUUCUCUUCCCAAACCUGCCUUCCAUGCCGAAAAAGAGCAAAGAUCUGUUCACCACGAUGCCCCCAGCCCAGAUUGAACCAACUGAGUCUUACACUAUUCAAGAUGGAUCGGAUGUUGUUGAUCCAGCAAAAUCUAUUAAGAAAAGACGCCAUGCAGAACCAACUGACCCACCUGCUGUUGUCAUGGUGAUGAUCUACAGGUCUCUAGGUCGGCUCCUUCCAGAGAGCUAUGAUCCAGACCGGCGCAGCCUUAGACUGCCCACUCGUCCCAUCAUCAACACCCCUAUAGUGAGUGUGGUGGUCCACAGAGAGGGAGAACCCCUCCCUAACCCCCUCCAAAGACCUAUCACUUUGAACUUCAGGCUCCUGGAGACCCACGAGAGGACAAAACCUGUGUGUGUCUACUGGAACCACUCCAUCCCGGUUGCUGAUGGAGGCGCCUGGUCUUCUAAAGGCUGUGAGCUGGUCUUCAGGAACUCAACUCACAUCAGCUGUCAGUGUAACCACAUGACCAGCUUUGCUGUUCUCAUGGACAUCUCCAAACGAGAGCAUGGUGAUGUUCUUCCUCUGAAAGUGGUGACUUACACAACAGUGUCUUCCUCUUUGGUGGCCCUCCUCAUCACGUUCCUCCUGUUAGCCAUCCUCCGCAAACUGCGCUCCAACCUACACAGCAUCCACAAGAACCUAGUGGCUGCCAUCUUUCUCUCUGAGUUCAUCUUCCUCACUGGCAUCAACCAGACCGACAGCCCAUUUAUAUGUACAGUAGUGGCCAUUCUGCUACAUUAUUCGUACAUGUGCACAUUUGCCUGGAUGUUUGUGGAGGGGCUGCACAUCUAUCGCAUGCUGACUGAGAUGCGUAACAUCAACCAGGGCCACAUGCGCUUCUACUACGCCAUCGGCUGGGGCAUACCUGCUAUUAUAACUGGUCUGGCUGUGGGUUUAGAUCCUCAGGGUUAUGGAAACCCUGACUUCUGCUGGCUCUCUGUUAAUGACACUCUCAUCUGGAGCAUCACUGGACCCAUUUCCAUAGUAGUGCUGAUUAACAUAGUUCUGAUAGUACUAGCAGCAAAAACUUCAUGUGGACGGAGGCAGCGAACAGAGAAGUCAGGGGCAAUCUCGGCUCUACGAGUGGCCUUCCUCCUUCUGUUGCUCAUCAGCGCCACCUGGCUGCUGGGUCUAAUGGCAGUCAACAGUGAUGUUCUGUCCUUCCACUACCUCUUUGCCAUUCUCAGCUGCCUACAGGGUGUUUGCAUCUUCUUUUUCCACUGUGUUCUCAACAAAGACGUGAGGAGGAACCUGAAAAGUGUCUUUACAGGAAAGAAAGUACCAGUUGAUGAGCCCAGUACAACACAAGCUACUUUACUCACUCGUUCUCUGAAUGGUGAUGCCUACUCAGAGGAUGGAGGUUUGUACCGCACCACCAUUGGAGAGUCUACUGUAUCUCUGGAGAGCUCUGUUAAAUCAGGCAAGAGUCACGGCAGCAGCUACCUCGCUUGCACACUCAGGGAGGAGAAGAAACGCAGCGUGUCCUCUAACGGUAGAAAAGUGGGACACGAUGAUGGAGAUUCAUCCCUCUUCUUCCACAAGAGUAAAAAGGCAGGAGACUCUGAUUCAGACAGUGAGCUCUCGGUGGAUGAGCACAGCAGCUUGUAUGCCUCCUCUCACUCCUCGAACAGUGAGGAUGAAGCCAGACGCUCCAAGACCAAAUGGAAUAAUGAGAGAACGCCCAUCCACAGCAUGCCCAAAGUCGAUGCAGUGUCCAGUUAUGAGAAGCCAUACUGGCCAGAGGAGCCACCCACAGCCAGUGAAAGUGAGGAUAAGGGUGUUCCAGAGAAACUGCGGGUGGAGACAAAUGUGAAUGUGGAACUUCACCAAAGGAAUAAAUUCAAUCACAAUAGAGACACGCCUCAGAGUGAGAGUUCACCUAGUCAACCAAACAGCAACCAGCUACCCAGGAGAGGCAUUUUAAAGAACAAGAUCACAUAUCCUCCUCCACUGACAGACAAAAACAUGAAGAACCGCUUAAGGGAAAAACUUAGUGACUACAACCCACCCAAGAUCCCUCGUAAGAGUCCAUCAGGGGGGUCAAAUGAAGGGGUUCGCUCAGGAACAGAGGCCAAGAGCAUCAUCAUCAAACCACCUCCACUACCACCAAAGACUGCACUGAACGGGAUUGCUGUGGAACUGGGAACAGGCCCUGUCGCACUAGCGGAUGAAGACUUUGAUUCCGAUAGAAGCAAUGAAACUUCGAUCUGACUUUGAAUAGGAAGCUCACAAAUCGGAAGUGGUUUUAAGGACCAGUGUCUGUGACAGCUCCAAUCAAGACCAGUAUUAAUGCACAAUAUGGUGCUGCCCUGAAGAAAAAAGCUCUUUUUUCACUAUUUAUAAAGGUGUUACCAGUGUAACCUGAGUGGAGGCUGGGCACUAGGUAUCCCAGCAUUCCAAAAUGCUACACAGGCCAAGCUGAGCUGGAGUGGGACAGAAAGAUUUCUGCUGUAAGAAUGUCACACUGCAUGGACCUGGAUGAUGUAGUUGCCGUCAGCAUGUAAUGGCUUCUAAUUUAGACUCUACCUUUUGGACAGAACAGCUGAUCCUGAGCAACAGUGUGGGGAAAAAGAAAGACUGUAAAUUUGCAUCUGUAAAGUUCCUAUUGGACUUCAUCAUAUAAUGAUGACUUUUGAUAUGUAAGUAUUGUUUAUAAUAACAUUUUGUAUUUUAGAUGUUAUAGAAGUUUUGUAAAUUGGAAAUUUGGCUUUCAGUGUGAUGCCAAUAUUGAGUAUUUAUGUUAAAAACUUUUGUUUACUUUGAUAUUUCUACAUCACAGUAGUACAAAUACAAAGUUUUUUAACAAAGUUUAUAAGAACUAGCACAGUUGUAGCUUUAUUUGUAAGAUGUUUUAUAAGUCAGUUGAUAAAGUAGUUUAUUUGUUUUCCAUAAACUGUCUGCUUAUCAGAUUAAGGUUUUUUCCCAGUCAUUGUCUGUAAUGCUCUGCCAAUGUUCUUUAUGUGUUAAUUGACAGUUGGGUCUGUUGUAUUUUUUACAAUGAUUACCACCUACAGUAUUUAACAAUAUACAGUAUGUUCAGCAUGCCUUAAUGUCUUACUGCUAGUGCUGUACACAAAAAUCAGUGUUCUGUUACAUUUGCUUAGCAUCUCAAUUACCAAAACAGCAAAAAAACAAACAAAAAAAACAACAAAAAAAUCCUUUUCUUAGUGAGUAUUUUGUGAUAUUUUCUGGUAUAAAUAUCUAAACAUCCAUAACACAAGAAAAAAAAGCAGAAUGACAUAAGAUACAUGUUAUUAUCAUUAAGAGAUAUCUAACAAAUUUGCUGGGGUAAGAAAAAUAAACUUGUUUUCCCUUUGAAUCAA